AUGCAGAAACUCGAAGAGAGAGUGCAGUCUGCCAAGUCACGACUGCCCGCGCCUUCAGAUACCUCGUCUCGUGGCUCCCCUCGUUCUGGGUCUGUUGUGGGAGAUAGUCCAGUUGCAUCAACCAUCACAGUCCGAAGAAACUCUCGCAAGCGACUGAGUGGUAGCAGUUAUGGGUCAUCGAUACGAGAUAGUGAAGGAACCCCCUCAUACGUUCCCCAAAGCCGUCAGUCGUUCGGAGCACGUACUGGGGACAGUCGCCCCAGCAGUCGUACCAGCUUCUCUAGUCGCAGUUCAUUCAGCCAAAGCGUGCAUUCGGGUGUGCCUGUCCGACCGGAAAGCCGACAGAGUCGAAACGGUGCCAAAACACCGAUGGGUCAUUACUCAACUAAUCCUACCACCGAAAGUCGACGACCGCGCUCCUCCUUGAGCAACCACAAUGGGCAGACUAUUGGGGUUGGUAGCAUGUCAAACAUUGAGGAAGACCGAGACCCCUCUACUCCCACCUCUUGUAUCCCACAGGAGCUCCGACGGCCAUCGGUCUCGGCUACUCCGACCCUGAAGAAACGCACAACUAGUGGUAUUUCGGCCAUCCCCACCCCACGAAGCUUUAAAAGCAGUAUCGGGCCGGGACCCAUGCCACCGCCCGAUCGGAAGCAACUGAACGAUCUGGGGGAGACCUUCUAG